CUACCACGGUAUAUAGCUCAGGCGCACGUUCCCACGCAAUGGCAGAAAACGAUGAUAAUUGUGAAGACGAGUCAUUUUGUUCUAGUUCUUCUGAUGUAUAUGAACCUAGUGAUGGUGCCUCUCAAUCAUCAAAUGAUCAACAUGAAAUUUAUGGCAAUAAAAGAAACAAAGAAAACAGGGAACAAUGGAAGAAAACCCUAAGGAAGAAGAAGUGAAAUAGUGGGGAAACUUACGCUAACAGUAAAGGGGAGACUGUCCCAGGAAAGACAUUUGUUGAUUUUAAUUGUUCAUGUAGACAAAAAUGCUGCCAAAAAUAAAUUGUGAGGAGAAAAGAAAGUUUUUUGACACAUUUUAUGGAAGUGGGUCUUGGGAUGUGCAGACAUCAAUAAUAUAUGGUUCAGUUAAAAAUGUUCCCAUCAAAAGGAAGCGUUCUAAAACUGACAAGAAGAAGUUUUCUAGGAACUAUUAUAUUCCUAGUGCGGAUGGAAAUGAUAUGAAGGUGUGCAAAAAAACUUAUCUAAAGAUACUACAGAUUUCUGGCAGCACUAUGCAUCAAGCCAUAGCCAAAGCAAAGACAAGCUCUUUAUGUGACCAGCGUAGAAAACACGUACCUCAUAAUAAAAGUGCUGACUCAGCUAUUAUUCACAUCCUUAAUCAUAUUAGUAGUUUUCCUAGUACAUCGAGUCACUACUGCAGAAGAGAUUCGUCAAAAAAGUACUUCGACAGUAGACUUGAUCUUAGUUUGAUGUACAGAUUAUUCAUUGAUAAGCUGAAAGAAGAAGAUCCCAAUGUUAAACCUCCCAGACAAUCACUGUACGAAAAAGUAUUUAGACGAGACUUCAAUCUCAGUUUCAAGCCUCCUCAAAAGGAUACAUGUCAAACAUGUGACAGGCUAAACAAGCUAAUUACAGCAGAGGAGACACUUAGAGCUGGUGAGGCAGACACUGAUAAGCUACGAAGAUUAAGAAAGGAGCAGGAAUUGCACCACAGGAAGGCUGAAGCUGCAAGAGAUUGUCUGAAAAGUGAUAUGGAGAACUCCAAGACAGAAGAUAAUCUUACAGUUUUUUCAUUUGAUUUGCAGAAAGCAUUAUUGCUGCGAAAAUUGAUAACAGGUGUUGCAUACUAUAAACAUCAACUCUCCUGCUUUAAUCUUGGAAUUCAUGACUUUAAAAGUGGAAAGGCAGUAAUGCAUUGCUGGAAUGAAAGUAUUGCUUCAAGGGGAGCUGAAGAGGUAGGCUCUUGUGUAUUGAAGUAUGUCAAAUCUCAUGAUAUUGGUCCAAGGAUGGUUGUAUGGUCAGAUUUGUGUGGGGGGCAAAACAGGAAUUUUAAAAUUAUGACAAUUUGGAUGUAUUUGGUUCAGAGUGACAAAACUAACACUGAGGAAAUUACGCACAAAUUUGCUGAACCUGGUCACUCGUAUCUUCCAAAUGACAGUGAUUUUGGGGAUAUAGAGAGGAAACUAUGGCAUUAUCCAGAAAUAUUUGCCCCAGAACAACUUUAUUGUAUUAUUGAGAAUGCCAGAGUGAAGAAAGGUAAAUUUGAAGUGAUAAACACGCACGAAGGUGGUGUUAGUAGGUGGUACCAGGGUCGUGGAUGUUAUCGUUGAUCGACCUAUAAGCGAAUGCAAAUAUGAAUUAUUUAAAAUUUUCAUUUCGUAUCUUCGCUUUGUAUUGGUUUGGCUUCCUGUAGUGCAUGUGUGAUUUGUGAGUGCAAUUUUUAACCUAGUCUGUUAUGUAAAAUAUAUGGCUAUGCCUAAAUGAAAGUGUACAUUUUCUGAUGUCCUUUCCUGCAAAUCUCCAGCUUUCAAGAAAGGGAUAAAUGAAUUUGAAGCAGAAUGUAAAAUA